AUAUAUAUACACAAACACUGCUCAUUCUGGUAUUUGCUGUGCAUUAAGCUGGUAGUGAGAGAUAGGAAAAUGGCGAAAACACCAGAAGAUGAACAUCCACAGAAGGCUUUUGGUUGGGCUGCCAGAGACAUUUCUGGCAUUCUCUCCCCUUUCCAUUUCUCUCGCAGGGAGAAUACUGAUGAAGAUGUCACCGUAAAAAUCCUUUACUGUGGGGUAUGCCACUCUGACUUGCAUACUUGUAGGAAUGAAUGGGGCUUUUCACAUUACCCUUUAGUUCCAGGGCAUGAAAUUGUUGGUACUGUGACAAAAACUGGGAGUAAUGUGAAGAAGUUUAAAGCGGGUGAUCGGGUUGGUGUUGGAGUUAUAAUAGGCUCUUGCAAGUCAUGUGAGUACUGCAAACAGGACUUGGAAAACUACUGCCCUAAAAUGAUGUUUACCUACAACUCCCUUGGCGCUGAUGGGACAAAAAAUUAUGGUGGUUAUUCUAAUAUGAUUGUUGUUGACCAGCACUUUGUGGUUAGAUUGCCUGAUAGCUUGCCCCUGGAUGCUGCUGCACCGCUAUUAUGUGCUGGGAUCACAGUGUACAGCCCAAUGAAAUAUUACGGAAUAACUGAGCCAGGCAAGCAUUUGGGAAUAGCAGGUCUUGGUGGGCUUGGCCAUAUUGCUGUGAAGAUUGGUAAGGCCUUUGGGUUGAAAGUUACUGUCAUUAGUACCUCAGCAAGGAAGGAGAAUGAAGCAAUCACUAGACUUGGUGCUGAUGCAUUCCUUAUUAGCAGUGACCCAGGAAAAAUGAAGGCAGCUAUUGGUACUAUGGACUACAUCAUUGACACAGUGUCUGCAGUUCAUGCCUUGGCACCACUUCUUAGUCUGCUGAAGCCGAAUGGAAAGCUGAUAACUUUGGGCUUGCCUGAAAAGCCCCUAGAGCUGCCUAUUUUUCCUCUAGUUUUGGGGCGGAAGCUUGUUGGAGGGAGUGACAUAGGAGGGAUAAAAGAGACUCAGGAGAUGCUCGACUUUUGUGCAAAGCACAAUAUAACUGCUGAUGUUGAGGUUAUCGGAAUGGAUGAAAUCAACAUGGCCAUGGAUAGGCUUGCCAAGUCCGAUGUCAAGUACCGGUUCGUGAUUGAUGUGGGGAACUCCUUGUCUCAGCUAUGAACUUAUAAUGGCCUUGCGUCUACCCGUAAGCUAAGAUCGGAAUUGUGAUGCGUUGGUUACUAUUGUCUCUCAUCUUGCAUCCUAGAUAUUAGAAUAAGUUUUCAGCACAUCCUUUUAGUAUGUGGUCAAAUGAAUUGAUGAACCAUGGAAGCCUCCUAUAUCUGUCUAGUUACUUGAAUUCAUCUUCAUUUUCCUUGUUUUAAUGUUUUAUGGCGCCUGUUUGAGCCACAUCUAUAGCUAUCAGAAUUUCAUCUUUAGCCAUUCUUGUUGUUUUUGACAUGGGCAGAAAAGAAAAAGAAAAAUUGAAGGCCGGA